AGUUUUAACAGCCAAAGCUAUGAUUCAAACACCUUAUCUAAAUCUAAAAGCCAGCAGAAGCAUAGCAAUAGGUGGAGGAAAAAAUGCUGUGGCAGCCUCCAUUGACCCUGAAGGGCAAGCUUGCUAUCCUCCACUUUCCCCUUAAUCCAAGAACCAGAAGCCCCUCAUCCUUUUUCACUCGGCAUAAAUCUAUCACCAUUUCUCAUAAACUUCGUUCCCACUCCUCUUCAAAUGACUUAAUAAUUGCCAACGAUAACAGUGCAGAAUUGGAGUUGCUUGAAAAACCAACAGCUGCGGUGGCCAAGGAGCAACAGGAAGUUGCAGUGGAAGAAAGCUCAGAUGAUGAAGAGAAUGAAAGCAUGACGUCCUUCAUGAGCGUAUUUUCUGCAGACCCAUAUUUGGAGGAGGAGACGAUGGAUGAAUGGGUACCAAGUACAGAAGAAGACGUGGAAUUUUAUGAUCCCAAAGUGGGAGAUUUGGUGUUAGGUGUUGUGGUGUCGGGCAAUGCACAUAGAAUUGAUGUUAAUAUUGGCGCUGAUGCUCUCGCUACAAUGCUUGAAAAAGAAGUUCUCCCUCUUCAUGAUCAGGAGAUGGAACGAGUCCUUUGUGAAGUGGCUCAGAAAGAUAGUGUAGAUGCAGGGGAUUUUUUUUCUCCUGGUAAAGUGGGCGUUGUGAAAAAUGAGGAGGCGUUGAGCCCGGGCCCAGCACCUGGCCGUCCAGUUGUUGAUUUUGGAACGGUACUUUGUGCUGAGGUUUUGGGAAGGACAUUGGGUGGCAAACCCCUGCUUUCUUCAAGACGAGUUACAAGGCGCAUUGCUUGGCAACGAGUGAGGCAGAUUAAGAAGCUGAAUGAGCCCAUAGACGUUUGUAUUUCAGAAUGGAACACUGGAGGGCUUGUUACAAGGAUUGAGGGCUUAAGAGCAUUCCUUCCCAAAAUAGAGUUGGUGAACAAACCUUAUGAGAAUUUUACAACCUUGAGAUCUAAUGUGGGGAGGCAGAUAACUGUAUUGAUCACUAGAGUGGAUGAAGAAAAUGGUGAUUUAAUAAUCAGUGAAAGGGAAGCUUGGGUUAUGAAACAUCUUUGUGAAGGAACAUUACUUGAAGGGUCUAUAACAAAAAUAUUUUCAUAUGGAGCACAAGUGAGGGUUGAUGGAACAAGCCUAAGUGGAUUGCUUCAUAUAACAAAUAUUUCUCGAGCUCGAGUUCAAUCUGUUAAGAAGUUGUUUUCAGAGGGUGAAAAGGUCAAAGUCAUGGUGACACAUUCUGUGUCUCCUAAUAAAAUUUCCUUCAGCACGGCAGAUCUUGAGAGUGAAAAGGGAUUGAUGCUUUCAGAUAAACAGAAAGUUUUUGAUGAAGCAGAAAAGAUGGCAACAGCGUACAGGCAGAAACUUAGUUCAGUACUAGGUUUUCGGAGAAGCAAAUUGCCUCCAGAAGAUGUGGAUCAACAUGACAAUGGAGCGGAAUUCUAUGCAAAUUGGAGCUGGGUUGAGUUUGAGGCCGAAAUACCACAGUGAAUGUGUGAGCCAUUAAUCAUAUAUAGGCAUUUGGUGUUGAUGAACUUAGGUCUUGUAUUUUACUCAACAUUUAAUUUAUAUUUCCUCUCAUUUGAAGGCAUGAGAGUAUAUGAUGAGUAAAAUUCAUCAUUUCUAUUCCAUAAUAUCAAGGAAGGAGGGAAAAGUGCUAAAGCCAAGAUCUCUUUUGGUGUAGAAAUUAACAAAUAUGACACAUUCGCUGUCAAAGAGCACAACAAUUGUUCUUUCUAAUCACUCUCUUUGUAAAUCUGAGUCGUGUAAUUGCCCAGAUGCUGACCCCCAAAACUUGGGUGUUCAUGACAUGGUGCAUUUGUAUCAUAUACAAUUAUCAAUUAUCAAAAGAACACCAAACAGUUUCAAUGCUGA